AUGACCAUUAAGACAACGGUGAAAUGUGACAAUAGACGACAGUCACCUAUACGACGGUCUAGAAGCACAUUAGAAGACGGCAGACCACCGUCGUCUAUUACGUUUUUUGUUCUAGUGUAUUUAAAUCAAGACAAAUAUAUAGGUUUGAUGUAUUUUCCCCCAAAACAGGGCAACAACCCAAAGAAACCUCCACCAGUCCACCUGAAGAAAGAACAAAGAGAAGAAUGCAAAAACAAGAAGGAAGAAGAGGGGAUAGGGGAGGAGGGGCAGUGGUACCUCCUCCUCCCCCAAAUGCAUCGCUAA